GCUUGCAUAACCAAUCGAUUCGUCUCAUAUUCGACUCGGAAAAAUUCAUAAAAGAAGACAUAAGGAACGUAAGGUGAAGUCGGUGAAAGAGUUGAAAUUGCAUCACCUUUUGGAUAAAUCAUUUAGAAACCAAUAACAAACGGGACAAUGGCCGCAUUUACAACAGUUCGCACUAUCUUAAAUCCAGCGAAUCGCGAAAUGUUAAAGAAAUUCUUGUGGAACACAACAUCGAGACAUGCAUCCAUGCAAAUGUUGAUUCCAGCAUUACAGACUGCUGUGCCCAGACGAUUCUAUGCCGAAAAGAAAGUUUUCGAACGGUCGAAGCCUCAUUGCAAUAUCGGCACCAUCGGACAUGUUGAUCAUGGAAAAACAACUCUCACUGCAGCGAUAACUCGAGUCUUAUCGGAAAAGGAAUUGGCAGAUGCCAAGGGCUACAACGAAAUUGACAACGCACCGGAAGAGAAGGCCCGCGGUAUUACAAUCAAUGUUGCUCACAUAGAAUAUCAGACAGAAAAUCGUCAUUACGGACACACCGAUUGCCCGGGACAUGCCGAUUAUAUUAAAAACAUGAUCACUGGUACCUCGCAAAUGGAUGGAGCAAUUUUAGUUGUUGCCGCUACGGACGGUGUUAUGCCGCAGACCAAAGAGCAUUUACUACUGUCCAAACAGAUUGGCAUCGCUCACAUUGUUGUCUUUAUUAACAAAGUUGAUGCUGCUGAUCAGGAAAUGGUGGACCUUGUCGAAAUGGAAAUUCGUGAAUUAAUGACCGAAAUGGGCUACGAUGGAGACAAUGUUCCAGUUGUGAAGGGUUCAGCUCUCUGUGCAUUGGACGGAAAGAGUCCCGAAAUCGGUGCUGACGCUGUACUGAAAUUGCUAGAAGAAGUGGACCAACAUAUUCCAACGCCAGUCAGAGAUUUGGAUAAAUCAUUUUUGCUGCCAGUCGAGAGUGUUUACAGCAUUCCAGGCCGUGGAACCGUUGUCACCGGUCGCUUAGAACGUGGCAUUGUCAAAAAGGGAAUGGAAUGUGAAUUCGUCGGCUUCGGCAAAACAUUGAAGUCAACCGUAACUGGCGUCGAAAUGUUCCAUCAAAUUUUAAAUGAAGCUCAUGCCGGUGAUCAAUUGGGAGCGUUGGUUCGCGGUAUGAAGCGUGACGAUAUCAAGCGUGGAUUUGUGAUGUGUAAGCCGGGAACUUGUAAGGCCAACGAUCAGGUGGAAGCACAAGUUUACAUUCUGAACAAAGAAGAGGGCGGCCGUGCAAAGCCAUUCACCAGCUUCUUCCAAAUGCAAAUGUUCUCCAAAACUUGGGAUUGUGCCACGCAAGUCCAGAUACCGGGUAAAGAGAUGGUUAUGCCCGGCGAAGAUGCUAAAUUACAUUUGAAACUGAUAAAGCCAAUGGUUCUGGAAGAAGGUCAACGGUUCACUCUUCGAGAUGGUCACUUGACUCUGGGUACUGGCGUUGUAACCAAAGUUCUAUCGCCCUUAUCCGAAGACGAACGAAUGCAGUUGAUGGAGGGCAAGAAUGCGAGAGCUAAGCGACUUGGGAAAGCUUAGGCCUGUAGUCGAUUUGGAAUUUUAUGUUAAUUUCCUCAGUCAGAUGAGAAGGUGUUCAAUACGACACUGCGAUCCAGCGUUCUGAUUUCUUGAUUUGAAUACAACUUAGAGUAAUAAGAUCA